CCAAGUGAUCGGUUAGUACUUUGGUGACUGUUAAAGGGGAAGCAACUUGCUUGCUGCUCUAAUUCAACAAAUUUAGCACCAAGAAAUGAAGCUAGUUUGAUAGGCUGUUUCACUCACAUCAUGGAAAGAACGAAUAAACGGUCAAUUCAUCAGCUUGAAGUUGAAGGGAAAGAACCAAAGGCACAAGUUCAAGAAUGGAAGAACCUAUUCAAGAAGCAACGACAAGAGAGCGCUUCGUCUGUACCAAGUUCUUCUAAGCGGAAAUCUGAGAUUAGCCAACGGCGCACGGCUGCUGUUUGCUUACUUUGCAUAGAAAACGGCUGCCGCAAUUAUUCUUUGGUGGACAUGUAUCCCACGACGAUAGACCGGCACCAAAAGAGAAAUCACCCCAACGAUACCUUUGACAAAGGAAAACACAUCAGAUGUAGAGAUCAUGAAGACGUCAAAAAGCUUGAAAUUAAAAUUGAAAAAUUAACUUCGUCAUCUAAGCAAAAGAAUAAAUUUAACCCUCACCUUAAAAAUGACACAUCUGUGUCCCAGCUAUCAACGGAAAUACUUUCCUCUACUUCUAAACCUGACUUCUCAAAACGCAAAUCUUCUUCUCAGCCAAAUUUCGUACAACGCGACUCCCCUUCACAUAAAGACUUCGUGAAAAAAUAUUCCGAUCCUCAGCCGGAUUUCUUGGAACGUACCCCUGUAGGUCAGUCGGACUUUGUGGAAUGUUCCCCUGUAGCUCAGACGGAUUUUGUUGAACGUACCCCUGUAGGUCAGCCGGAUUUCUUGGAACGUACCCCUGUAGCUCAGCCGGACUUCGAAGUAUGUGCCUCUACUGAGCAUAGCCCUAAAGAAUGUGACUCGUCUUCGCUACUUUCAGCCAGCAGAGGUUCUUCCUUCCAAGGAAACUCAGCUGCUUCUUCUUUCACUCAAAUAAUUCAAAAGUCGAUUGAUGGGUUUCUCAGUAUCCAGCCACAAAAUGAAGUUCCUCGAAUGAUGCAGCCUACUACAUCCAAAUGGACACUCGAACAAAUUGGUGAAUGCUUAGAGAGAUUAGAAAGCAUGCUUAUGAAACAUUUACAAAAAAAAGAUCAAGGAGGUCCUACUACCGCAAAGGAUAAUUUAUCUUCAAUUUGUGUAUUGAAUGCUUGUAAUAAUCUAAAUGACGUUCUUUCCACAAAAUUAUUCACUCUCCACCAGCAUCAAAAUAAGCAUAUAAUAAGAUGCUCAGCUUGCCACGAUUACGCCACCCGUGAUGUCCUUAUAACAAAAAAUUCAACAUCGUUCAAACUUCCGACAAGUGGUUUAUCUGUUGGAUGUAAGCUGCCCGAAGCUAAAAUCGAAAUAUAUAAAAAUGGCGAUGGUCAAAGUUGGUACAACUUCAAAAGUCGUCUCGUAACCCACUUGAACUCCGGACAGGAUUCAUUCCACUGGAAAGCUACGCAAGGCAAAGAAGAGGGAGCUUCGUCAGUGCCUCGUUCGGUUUCCGUAACUGAAACUCUCUGUCGGGUAGCUCUCCAUGUUCUGAAAAUGAAAGGCGCGGCCCUGCACUACGAGAGUGUCAUUGCACUAUUGAAAGCAUGCAAAGUGGAUGUGGGAGACAUCGGCCAUUCAAGGAACAACUUUCCUGAAAUUCUUCGUGCGGCGACUGUGGUGAUUUGUCAAAGAAACAAUCAGAUGUUGCUGCAGCCACUACUCAGCACGGGACUACCACCCCAUUUCUACAUUACAGCCGAUAAAUCCACUGUCAACAGACACACCAAUCAAGCAAUCCUCUUGAUUGUGAAUUUCAACGGCAAAAGGAUCGCAGUACCUGUGGGCGCACCUCCUGUAUAUUCCGUUGAUGUCAACAGUGUUGAUGACACAACUCAGGUUCAGCUCAUCGGAGGAAGUGCAGUAGAGCUUGCUGAUAGCAUAAUUAAUACGAUUCUGGAAAAAACUGGGCUCCCUGACCAUCACUUGACGCGAUUAACAGGUGCAACGUGUGACGGACAAUACGUUGUCUCGUCGGGAUUUGCUGCACGACUUGCUGAGCGUGUUGGGGUCUCAUCGAAGAGUGCCUUUGCUGUCCCUGUCACGUGGGAUGCUGGCCACUGGAUGAACUUGGUGGUCACAGAUGUGCGCUCUGUUAAACAGCAAACCUUCAAAGGAUCAGCACAAUUAUUGAACACAUUUAUCAAGCGUUGUAAUGUAUUUAAUGACGAGUUACAGCAUGGCAAAGGGUACGCCAUGCUGAGAGCUAUUUCUGAAUCUAACAAAUCUACUGCUCAUGCUCCCAAAUCUUAUGCACAACAUAGUUUGUCGGAUGAGACUGUACAGCUGCAGCACAAUCUUCAAAUGGUCGAAUCGGUUGCGAUGCGGAAGCCAUAUUGA